UCUCGGCACUCGGCUGGCUCCACGCUACUCCUCCUCCUCCUCCUCUUCUUCGGCCCCUCUCGCCAUGCACGGCCUACUACUCCUUCUACCUGGCGAGGCGGUCGGACGUCAUGUGUGUAUGUGUACCUUGGACUUCAGUGUAAGAUCCGAGCUAGCGGCGAGCGCACGGCAUUGUGUAUUGUUAUAAAUCGUUUAUCGUCGUUCCUCCUCCUCCUCCUCGUCCUCCUCCUCGUCGUUCUCGUCGUCUUAAUUCUAAUCAACGUCGUCGUUGUUGUUGUUGUUGUUCGAUGUUACAACAGUGCCGAUCGUCCAGUUUACGUUUACAUACGUUGAUAAUAAACUGUGCGCCGUGUGUUUUUCGAGGGUUGAAUCACCCCCGACCGCGUCAAAUAUCGCGCCCCUCCUUCCCCCACCCGAUUUUCAUCGACGUCGUCGUAGCAUCGACAAUUUCAACACAAGGAUACGUGUCGUCAACCGUCGUACCGAUAUGAACAAUUCCUCAUAAAACUGACCAAUCUUGCGAUAGAAAGAAACGCUCGUCCAGAGAUCGUCGUCUACCACCCACCCGAGUCACAUCGAUCGAUCUUUGCUCGCACUCUUUUCCGGAAACACGUGGCUCCUCGCCGGUGCCGCACGAGGUUCCGUGGCGGCAAAUUCGUAAACGAAGAGAGACCGGAAGGAAGAAAAUAAGGAAGGAAGGAAGGAAGGAAGGAAGGAAGGAAGGAAGGAAGCAGGGUGUCCUCCCCUCUCCCACCACCCCCAUCCCUCCUUAACCAUUUCCACGACGCAUCUCCCGUGGAUAUUGUCACGGGAUGGAGCCGGCAGCGGGGAAACUCGGCUGGUGUUGCUCGUCGACCCGCAGACAAGGGGUUCUCUUCUCGGCUCGAGGAUUGACGGCGAGGCGCGGCUCUAACGCCUAAUUAAAUCGAUUAGACUUUGGGGUUAAUUGUUCUGGAAGGCCACGCUCGCCUUGCAGCCUUACAACCCUCCGCGUACGGUUAUAACACACGUACCCGCACACCACCACCACCGCAAGGAGGAAACUGAUCGGCGGAUCGUAUGCCAGGUGGAAAUAAUAACGAUCUCCCUCGUUGUUGUAUACACCGAUCGGCGAUCUUACGGCGACACUCGCCUUGAAACUACGACGCCCAAGAUACAACGCGAGAGGGCUGAGAGUCCGUCGGCUCUCUGAUCAGUCAGUCUGCCCUCGCCGAUCGUCUCGAUGAAGUGAAAUAUAAUAUCGGGAGGCAAGCGUCUCUCUCUCUUGCUCGUCUUCGGCAAUCGGUCGCAAGAGACUUACUUACGUUCACAAUCAGCCGACGUUGUUCGCUCUGUUAUGUUUUAUACAUGCAUCAUUGCAUACCUGUGAGAGUUGUGACACAAGCGUUUGUCUCUUUAAUAACGUGUGUAAUGAAUAAUUCGGCUGUGCUUGCUUAGUUGUGUUUGUUUUCUCGCCGCGAUAUUAAAACGUUUGAUAUUACAUGCAUGUAUAAUAAUACAUGUACGUGUGUGUACGCCGUAAGAAACGGCGGCUCGGUGUCGAUUUGACAUCGUUCGGCGGCUCCUACGUUUUUAAACCCUGCUUUUUUGCUCAAUUAGUUUUUAUCGUCUAACGUGGUUAACAAUAUCUUGAGAGUGCAUGAAUAUAUUCACCUGCCGUGUUGAUAAUGUUGUUACGUUUUAUCCCUCGACGUGCCGGUGGUUAAUAAAUCUAUACGUAGGUACACGAGUAUAAAUAAUACGUGUGGUAUAUAUUGUUUGAACGAAGAUGAGAAACACUUGAGCGGUUUUUAUACGUUUCGCGAUCAUUAACAUGAUCGUGUAUAAUAAUACGAUAUUUUAACUAUUUGUGAUUACACAUGUGAUAAUAAAAAAAAAAACGUAUAUAUGAUAUACAUAUUAUACACAUGUAUAUAUAUAUUAUACAUACGUAAUAAUACCUACCUUUAAUACACAACGAUCCGUACGUAUAAUAUCGAUAACGUGAUAGUACACAUGAUGUUAUAACCCGACGAUUAAACGAUCGUUACAUAUUUGUGAAAAGACAUAAAAUUCUAGUUCGUUGUUGGUUUUUCUUCAUUCUGUUUCUUCAAUUUCUCUCUCUCUCUCUCGCUCUCUUUCUGUCUCUUCCUCUGAUCUGCUCUUUUUAAAAUUAGUGUGUAAAAUGUGUAUGUGCAAAGAUAAAAAAAAAACGGUGUCAAAUAAUCGUCGUAACGCUGAUAUAAUAAUUUUAUAUGAAUAAUAUAUAUAUACGAGUGUGCGUAUUAUCGACACAGCUUAUAAUAACAUAGACCACCGUCACGUGAUCUUUACAUGAAACAUAAAACGUUUAUCGUGUGUGAAUUUGAGGAGAAGAGAAGAACCAAUUGUGUGCCAAUCGAACGACGCGUGCGUGAUAUUAAUCGUGGAUAUUAACGCGUGUAUUCGUGGCGAUUUUUCGUUCUGUGAUCAAGGAAGUGGAAUUGUGACGUUGAGAAACGAAAAAAUUCACUUGGAAAUUGCCGCACAGAAACGGGAAACGAACUGGUCCUGAUGUUCCCUCCGAUAUACGAACGGUUGGUGGGCACGAAGCGCCGAUAAAAAGCCGAGAAUCAGCUGGCAGAAGAUUCCAACCCGAGUAAGAAUGUCCUCGAAGAGGAAGUCGCCGCCAACGAAGCUAUCGGAAGGUGGGGGCGGGACGGGAACUGUGGGUGGUACCGACGAGGAGGAAGAGACGGCGUCGUCGGCGGUCCUCCGGGUUGUCGAGAGCGUAACAACCGAGGAGAACUCGGCCCCUACCGAGGGCGCGAUCGAGGAUUGUUACAACCACCCCCUGCAGAGGGGCGAGUGCGAGUCGUCGGGCUGUUCGUCGCCGGCAACGCCGAGCGAGCACGAUCCCCGGGACUCGCCCUCACCGUCGCCGGCUAAUUCGCCACCGGCGGCAAAGCGGCAGAGGAUGGUGUUCCUACAGACGAGCGCCGAUUCCCUCCAGGGCUACAACCACCUCCACCUCCAGACGAACGCCGCCGCGGCGACGACGGGGGCGGUGGCCGAGCCGGCGAGUUCCUCGGAGUGCGGAUCGCCCCCCGCCACCCUGACGGCGGAGACCUACUACGGUCACCACCAUCACCACCAUCACCAUCACCACCACCACGCCAACCCCCAUCACAACAACAACAACAACACCGUUACGCAGAACAACAACAAUCAUCAUACAAACAACAACAACAACAACAACAACAACAACAACAACGGCGGGGGCGUGAGCGCAGCGGGGGGGAAACGGUCCAUGGACGACGUACUAAAGAGGCUCACGUGCAAGAUGAACAGCGGAUCGUUAUCCCUCCAGGACGACGCCGCGCGACGGACGACACCGCCGCCAUCGUCGACGCCCAACACCCUGCACCUUACCCACAACUCCCACAGCAGCACCGGCAUAUCGAACAGCGUCGCGCCGUCGCAGGUUGCGGGAAGAAACACGGCGACGGAAGGACACCAGGACGGGGCAACCGCCCUUCAUCGGGUUCUAUGCGCCGACAACUUCGUAGAAAAGGAGCGAUGCCUCUCGGAGAUGAUACUCAAGCUUCAGAUGCUCAGGGAACAGCUGCUCCAGCAGCAGGACCAGACCAAGUCUUACCCUCCGCACCUGAACGCCGAGACCCAGAAGCAGAUCGACAUGCAACGGUUGCAAACCGAGCACCUCAAGCGCCAGCAGGAGCACAUCAUGCAGCACAACAUCCAGGAGCUUCAGGCGCAAAUCAGCAAGGGCCAGGUCACGAUGCCGGGGCCUCAGACCCUCAUGUUCCUACCCUUUCUUCAGGAGCAGCUUCGGGGACUACCCGUGACCUCCAUGCCGCCGCCAACCUCUACGGCGAUGACGGGAAACAAGCAUAUCAACUCCAUAGCCAACAUGAUAAGCGGGCAUCGAGACGGUCCAAGUUCCUGGGCGACGGCGCACCUGGCGCAGAUGACGACGCAGAUGGAGAAGGAGUCUUCGCCGACGCCGACGCCGAGCUCCGGAUCCUCGCAGCCGGCGGCACCGACGCACCAGGAUCCUGACACCCCGUUGAACCUUACCAAGCCAAAGUCCUCGGGACAGACGGCCUCCUCUUCGCCGGGAAGCGACUCCCACUCGACCGGGGCCGGGAGCAGCGGUCAUCAGGAGCAACCCUUGCCCGCGACGGCACCGAAACUCUUCCAUUCUAGCCUCCAGAUGCCCCGUGGAUACCUGCCGAGUCUACCUUACGGCGGACUUCCGCCGCAUCUCAGCACCCUCUCCUCCAUGGGCAAGGUGAUGAAUAAAGAGGAAUCCGGAGGCGGUUCCGCCGCCGCGGCGGCCGCGGCGGCCGCGGAGAAACACUUCGCCAUGCACGGAAUCUACGGGAUGCCGUCUAGUGCCGGCGGCAUGCCUCCAUCACCGCAAUCUCAGAGGGGUAUGAAACACUCGGGUAGUCGGGAGGAUCCGUCGCAGGAGGAGCAGGACUUCCUCUCAUCUCCGCACAUGUGGGGACGAGAGCAAGGCUACAAGGUUCCUGAAGAUAUAACAGAAAAAGCGAAAAUGGUGAGGCAGCAGAAACGGGACGGUGAAAACAAGCCGCAUAUUAAACGACCUAUGAACGCGUUCAUGGUAUGGGCCAAGGACGAACGGAGGAAAAUCCUCAAGGCGUGCCCGGAUAUGCACAAUUCGAACAUAUCGAAAAUACUCGGUGCGAGGUGGAAAGCGAUGUCGAAUUCGGAGAAGCAGCCGUACUACGAGGAGCAGUCUCGGCUUUCGAAAUUGCACAUGGAGAAGCACCCGGACUACAGAUACAGACCGCGUCCGAAAAGGACAUGCAUAGUCGACGGGAAGAAGAUGCGGAUCUCCGAGUACAAGUCGCUGAUGCGACAGCGACGGCAGGAGAUGAGGCAGCUCUGGUGUCACCGAGACGGCGGUGGUCCCGACAUGGGCUUCCUGUCGCCGGUCGGAUCGGAAAUGACGUCACCACACCCUGGUCCCUCGGCGAGGCCGUCGGUGUCGCCGCCGGCGUCGCUCCUCAACGGAGGGGGCCCCGGUCCGAGUUCGGACCACGGUUCCUUUUACUACCCCCAGGACAGUCUAUCCCCGAGUGACAUAAUGAACUUUUCCCCCGAGAACCCGGGGUCCGUUGGCGGUUACGACGUCAGUCCGCGGCACCACGACGAGGAUUGAGCCGCGGCUCCGGGUCAGCCCUCGUGGCCACCCGGAGCUAACGCAAGACUUGCCCACGAACUCUUUUGGUAACCUGGUUCGAACUGGGGCCGGGUUUAUUUAUUCUUUUAUCGCCAACCCCGCCGCCGAAGGACGUGUAUGAACGUGUCACGGCGAACGGAAAAGAGGAGAAGAAGAUAGGAAGGGAAGAAAGGAAGAAAGGAAGAUAGGAAGAAAGGUAGGAAGGAAGAAGCUAUUCAACUGGCCAUCGAGAACUGGCUUCUUCGCAUAUUUUGCAUCUACAUGGCACGCAGGGUCGCGAGCAAAGAUUACUUAACGGUAUGACUGUACGAUAGGUAUGUUGUCUGCGUGCGAAUUUGAGGAACGGUCCCAUUCGCUUUGGUAGUAUGAAGCUGGAAGUUUGGUAUCGUAACGCGUUCAAAGUAUGAUUUGGUGUACAUCAUCGACGAGGUGAAUAUGUGCAAUGUAUCGACUGGACGGAAGAACUACAUCGUCGCGACGUCCGUUGUAUAGGUAUCGAUAAUCAAAUUCCAACCAAUUUUCUAAACCGAUGAAAGAAGGUGCAGAAAUGAAAUGGCAAACGCGACGUCGUCUCGAGACGUAUAUAUAGAUAUAUAUAAUAUAUUUAUAUAUAUAGAUAUAUAUAAUAUAUUUAUAUAUUGUAUGUACGUCUACGUAUACGUAUAUGCUACACACAACGCGCUGUACUGUAUGUCACGCAACGUACUACCUAGGCGAUGUAAAAUCAUCUUUAUAACGUAGCUAUAAGUAUAUCGAAUAUCGAUCCGCGCCUACCUAUACAUACAUACAAAUAAAACACACGCAAUUUAUUACAAUGAAAUUUAGAAAAACAAUUGAAACAUUUCCGAGCGUUACAGAUUGUCAGGCAAAUAAUAGAAAGAGAGAAAAAUGAGAGUGAAAAAAGAAACACUGCGCACCUGAUAUUUUUUCACCUACCGUUUCUCGAACAUGGUUGUGUCUGGUUUCAAAUUCAUUUAUCCGGAAUCAAAGUUGACGAGUGUUUUAAAAUUUUCGCUUUGACAUUUUUUUUUUUGUCUUUUUCAUAUAGAAACAAACUGGUUAGAAAGAUAAUCCAUUACUUUGACAUCUUAUACUUCGAAACCUUUGGCUUAUCGGCAGUGAUAUAGAUAAUUUUCUAAAAACUUGAAAUUUUUUUUUUUUUGCCUUCAAAAACGACUGCAAUAUUUGAAGAAUUCAAUCUCAAGCCAGGAAAAGGUAGCCAAUGGAGCGGGAGGUGAAAGAAACGUACGCAUAACAUUAACUUGAAAAUAGAAUGGUUCGUUUAUUUGAGUUUUCUAAACAUUUAACGUUAUAAGAUCACUUGACACAUCAAUCGCCUAAUCUAGAGUACUGCAUCGGGUACCUAGCAUUAGCACUUUGAGGCGUUUUAAUAAAAAAAAAUAAGUGCGCGCAAUACAUAAUAAUAAUAAUAAUAAUAAUAAUAAUAAUGAUAAUAAUAACAAUAUUGGUAAUCAUAAUAACGGUAAUGAUAAUAAUAACUUAAAAAAACAGUAAUAAUAAUAGUAGUAGUAAUAUUGGUAAUCGUAAUAUAACGUUCCGUUGGUUUGCCAAAGCGCACUACUUUGUAUCCCAGAAUGUUAUAUUUGCCGGGUUUCCAUAUAGAUCACGUACAGAAAAAGAAAAAUCUUGUUCCUAAUUCUUCCCAGUCCUAUUCGUAAUGAUGAUUCAUUUUGACUAAUAACCUUGUACGAUUUUGAUGACGGAUCAGAAGAGUCCGGUCUCAUAUCAAGCGUCCCUUCUUUAUUCGUUUAAUCCAGGUUUGAACUUUGGCAAAAGGAAAAGGGCUGCAUGCACAUAUUGAAUGAACAUGAAAAUAAAUCGAUGAAAAACUACAGACGGAUAAGCGACACGUUAUCGUUUCGCAUUGUAACUAUAACACUUCACAUCGUCACACUCCUCAUUCGCGCAUCUUAGGUAUUAUAUAACUUUCAAAUCUGCGCACACUUGCCUAAUACACGCCAUACACGUAUGUAUAUCUACUUUUAACAAUUGUCUUUUCUGUCUCUCUCGCUCUCUUUCUUUUUUUUCUCCUCUCUUUCUCUCUUUCUUUCUUUCUCACUUUCUCACUUUCUCUCUUUCAACGGAGAGGGAGGAGAAUAGGCAUAUACUUUUGACGGAGAUCGCUCAUCGACGUUGAACAUGUAUUAUAUUUAUAUAUGUAUAUGUAUUAAACAGUUUCCAUGUAAUAAGGCAGGUUAAUGUGAAUCGGUCUAACGCCGAGCAAAGCGUGCCAGAUCCGUACUAGCACAAACACGCGUUUACAGCCUGUAACGGCUUAUACGCUAUAAUAUUAUACCUAUUAUAUAAUAUUAAUAAUAAUAUAAACAGAAACACACACACACACACACACGCACACACUGACGCACAUGCACACGCACACUUAGUACUUAUAGUAUUUGCAUCAUUAAUUUAUUGACUUUAAUAUUACUCUAAACUAUGUAAUAGUAGGUAAUUAUUGUAAUUAUAAGGCAGGUUAUAUGUAUAGAAACAAACUGGAGAACGAGAGAAAGAAAAAUAGAGAGAUGAGUUGUGUGAAUUUUAGUAAAUUGUUAUUAUUAAAUUAUUCUUUUUAUCCCGGUUAUUAUUGUCAUUAUUAUUAUUAUUAUUAUUAUUAUUAUUAUUAUUAUUAUUAUUGAUAUUAUUAUUAGUGCUAUUUAUUAAUCGGUAUAGACUAACAAUCGAUGAAUUUCAAAUUAUUAUCUGUUGAAUAUUAUGAUGAUGUUGUAUCGUUCUAUCUUUGCGAGCGAACCCUUUUACAAUUUUAAUUUGUAUGUAUAUAUAUAUUAUAUAUAUGUGUGUGUAUUUUUUUUACGAUCUUCCUUUUGCGUACCUUCUUGUUUAUUAGUUUACUUAUAUUUUGUUGUUCCGUUUUUUUUUUUUUCUUUGUGUUUUUUAACUCUUACCCGUACAUACCUAUGUACUGUCGUUCGUUCGAUCAAAUCGUAUUCGCGUCCCGGCCAAUGACCCAGAACAAUGCAAUAACGGAUUUUAAAAAUUACCUCAGCGACGAAUCGACGAGUUUCAAAAAAAGCAGAAACCGUUCAAAGGACAUUCUUCCAGUUUUAAAAUUUUUUUAUUUAUUUUUUUCUAACAUCGACCACUUCUCCGAUAGACGAUAUUACCAUUUCUAAAUUAACGGUCUGAUAAUUUCAAGAGAAGCCCAACCAGGCGUAAAAUAAAAAUCGCAAAUCCGUUGCUGCACGUGUUACGUAGAGGUAAACUCGAUUCGGGCGGCUCUUUUUUCCUCGAAGGAGAAGGUCCGGCGGAUUAUGGCGACGACGGAAACUUGAUGUGAUAUCUAAUACUAAUGUGCCAAAUAACAGUUUUCGAGAAGAAACGAACUUGCAUGUGGGGCGGGUCGAAUCGCUCACAAUAAUCACCCGUAAUCCCGUUGAAGUUCGAUUAAAAUCUUCUUGUUGCCACUAUAAAUACAUACUGUGCCACCCUGAUCGCGUUGGCGAAUGAAAAACUAAUAUCCAUUUACUAUUUGUAACAAAUUUUAAUUCUCAGCUCUGUUUCUUUUUUCUUCUAACUACAAAUGUAUGCUGUUUUUUUUUUUUAAUUUUUUUUUUCCAAUUUUUUUCUCUCUUUCCUUUAUUUUUCUCUUCCUUUCUUUCGUUCGUACAUUUCUAUUAUUUAUGAUAUAUUAUAUAUUAUUAUAUAUUAUAUAUAUAUAUAUACAUGUAUAAUCAGUGCAAUUAUAUACAAGGUACCUAAUAUAAUUUUACAAAGAGAGCCAGUAUCCUUGAUAUAUCUGUACCCCAAGAUGUAACCAAUCUGAUGCCGGUUCGUGUCAAAAACACUCGGAUCAGCCGCAGCACGGAUGCACAUUUUGGGUCGACAGAUAGGAUAGCUUAAAAGGAAAUAAGAAAAAAAUAAAAAAAAAAAAUUAAAAAUAUGUUUAUAAUAAUAUUUAUUUUAUAUAUAUAACGGAUUCGUACUCAUAAUUAUUAUGCCUACAGGUACGUACAUACAUGUACGGACAUACCUAUAAAUAUACAUGUAUGUAUGCAUCUAUAUUAAAAAAAAAAAAAAUAAUGAAAAUUCGCAUUUUCAUCCGUAAGGAAACACGUUACAAUGAUACGGAUAUUAUAUUAUAUACAGAUAUAAAAAUAUAAUCGCGAUAUUAGCGUCAAUAUCAUUAAUGUACAGUGUAACUAUAUUAAUUGUGAUGUACCUACGUAGCCGUACGUGUAAUUAUCAAUAUAUAUGUAUAUAUAUAUGUACAUAUACAUAUUCAUAUAUAUAUGUAUGUAUGUAUAUAUAUAUAUACAGUACUUUAGAUACAUAUAUACAUAUAGUUCAUAGAAUAUAUCGUUAAUUCAAAUACGAAACCCAUUAUUAUUACAUUUAUUAUUUUUAUUAUUAGUCAUGUCAUUAUUACUAUUAUUGCUAUUGCUAUUGCUAUUAUUAUUACUAUCAUUGUUGUUAUUGUAAGCUAUUAAUUAGUCUUUUAAUAACUCUAGGGGUAGAAAAGGUUGUAUAUGUGCCAGUCUAGACGACAACGCAAAGGUUGGAUGGUCAGAUGCCAGACUCGAUGAUACUCGAAUACUCAAUAAAUAAAAAAAAAAAUAAUAAUAAUAAUAAUGAAGAAGAAAACAAUCUGUUUUUUUUUUUUUUUACAAACUCAUCGCAGAAAACGACAUAAUAAUAUAUGUGUGUAUGUCACGGGUAACCGCGAUUAACUAUUAGACCCCUCCUCUAACUAACACACAAUUAUACCUGUAAUUAAUUACUAUUAAUUAUUCAUUUCCAUGAAAAAAGAAAAACAAAUCACACUUGCGCAUAGCUUACAUGUACUUAGAGGUAUAUAAAUAUUGACCAAUUUUACUUGCUAAUAUGAGCGAUAACCGUUUCAUUUCAUUAUACAGUAUUUACGUACGCAUCUAUAGAUCCUUUAUCAAUUUUGUGAUUUAGUAAUCUUCGACUCAUUUGGAGAUUUAUUUCUGUUUUUUUCUUUUCCUUUUCUGCUAUAGUUAAUCAAACAAACAUUGAAAAAUUUGAACCAACUGACAUUGUUUAAGAGUCGAGGAAACGAAUGAACGGAACGGUAAUUGAUUUAUAAACUAAAUAAUUACGUAGUCACACGAUGGAUACAGUAAAGAACAGAAUUUACGCCCGUCUUUACAUUUUAUUUGCCCAAUGUGCCAUAUACAUAUUUUUUUAUAAAUAUCGUCCACGGGCUGAUAGAUCCGAUGAUAUGCUAAUGGAUUAUUCUUUAUAUAGGACUUCCCAACUGCUGUCACUGCUUCCUCAAAUUUUGUUAAUAUAUAUAUAUAUAUACUUACUAUCUCAUCUCGAUCAGUGACGAGAUAAUUUAUGAAAAUUGAGUCGAUCGCAUUUCGUUUAAAUUCUUGGCGGUAAAAUGUCGCGCAACAAUUACAUCGGUAAUUUCUUUUUAAUAUUAUUAAUUUACGUCACAAUUUUAUACCUGCAUGACAGGUUAUCGCUUCAACUGGUCAGCUUGUAAUGAUAAUAUCGCGUACGGAUGAAAAUAUCCAGACGCGACUGCGAAAUGUAAAAGAAUCUAUCUCGUAAUAAAUUUUAAAUCCAAUUACAGUACUGAUCGUUAUUAUUGUGCGUAUAAACUAACGUGAAAGAAAAAAUUGACUAACAACCAUCUCGAUAUUCCAAUAAUUCGUAUAUACGUACCUAUAUAAAACGAAACAAAGUAAUGAUGCUUCAUCUAAAAUCAGACUUAAUUUUAGGAUGUAUAAUAAUUAUCUUUAAAAACGUAUAGAUCUAUAAUAUCUACAGUUGCGCGGAGGAUUGUACAAGAGAGGGGAAAAGAGGAAAAUAGAAAAAGUAAUCACGUAUGGUAUAUAUGUAAAUAGAGACGCUGUCUGACUGGAUAAAUGGAAAUAACGUCGAGGUACGAAAAUUGAAUACUGAACAUUUAUUAUAAAUAGUAAUAACGUGAUAGGUAUGUACGCAUCAGAUCCAUCUUUAAUUUUUGUUGAGUUUGGUCACCGUGUAAGGAAUCUAUACCUACGUUCCAACGUUCAUCUAAACACUGCACACCUACGAUAAACUAUAAUAAUUCACUCGUAAUCUACAAUUCUGUAAUACUUGUAGAGGGAGAAAAGAACAUUAUAUAUAUAUUAUUAUCUAUAUAUAUAUAUAUAUUUACGAAUAAAGCAAAAAACAAAAAACGAAUAAAUCAAAGGCACAAAAUCAAAACAUAUUAUUAUUACUAUUAUUAUUACUAUUAUUAUUAUUACCAUUAAUACUAUUGCCAUUAUUAUUACUAUUAAUAUAAUAUGUUGAACCAUCCGGAUUUUAUGUGAAACGCAGCUAAUCCUAAUUGAAUCUUGAUAUCUGUUGAAACCCAUGUUUAGAUUUUCAUCACUGCAUACAAUUGCGCACACAUAAUGCAUAGAUAGAAUUUACAAUUGAUUUGUUCCUACGGGAGUAUUAAUUACUGUCCGGUAAAAUAGUGUUUGGGUGGACGAUAUAAUAAUGAAUAUUAUUUAAUCCAAGAAAACGCCGGAAAAAUAAUCGCUUCUGCAUCCAGGCGAGUGAUGAGAUUCGUGAUGUAUAUAUACCUAUAAUUAUAUUUUAUCAUGAAGUAUAGUUAAAAAAUCCACGUUUUGCGACGAAUACCUAGUCGAGUAUGAUAAUCAUAAACGCCAUAACGCACAGCGUUUAUUAUCCGCAUUGAUUGCCCAUAAUAUCGUUUUAUACUCGUUUAGUUUCACAGAGUGCCGAUUAAUUGUGCAACAAGACGUUAUUUUUAUGAUAAUUUGCCUGUAACGGUGCGAUGUAUAAAAGUCAUUAUUAUACGCGGUUCUCGCAUGAGUUGCAAUUUUUAAGAUUUAUUAACAAUAAUAUUACACUUACGAAUGUUAUGUUUCUCAAUUACCGAAUCGACAAGGUUCACAUAUCCAUGAUGAAUGUAUUAUUAUUAUUAUUAUUAUUAUUAUUAUUAUUAUUAUUAUUUUUGUUUCAAUCAGUCACAAUUAUAUGAAAUCGUUGAAAAAUCUUUAACAGAUUUCCACCCCAAUCUCGGGUACUUCUUAUAUAAAAGUACGACCUUUCCAGCAGUUAAUAGCGACACUCAAAUGCUGAACUGUUGUAUCCUGAUAUUUAGGAGAGCAGUACCAGCAGUACUAUCGGUACAUACAUACAUAUAUAUAUAUAUAUCUGUAUAUAUAUAUGUGUACAUAUAUAUAUAUAUAAUAAUAAACACACAGAUAUAUCAUUAUAUUUAUUGUAAUAAUUUAAAAGUUAGGUACUCUUUGUUGUUAGUAUUUUAGAUGCGUAAUCAUUAUUAUUAAUAUUAUUUUUAUUAUUAUUAUUAUUAUUAUUAUUAUUACAUAUUAAUAAAAUACCCGUAUGAAAUAAACAAUA